AAUAACCGUCCUGGAAACCCCCGAAAUGGGAUGAUGACGUAAUGGAAGGCCGUCGGGCACGGUAUCUUUUAUUCCGCUCUCGCUCCUCGAAAUCAUCUACACGGUAUACUCGAGACCGGUUGUCCUAUGAGACGAAACAGCUGGACUGAUUGACUGACUGACUGACACGUAUGGCGGAUGGCGAGCAGGGGAGCAGGUAGCCGCAGCAGUAGGAGCAGCAGCACUAGCAGCCUGAGCCACGAGCAUGAUGAAGCAAAUCAAGAGGCCGCCGUCGAAAUCGAGGCUGAGGGAGACGAGGCGCACGAUGAUCCACUCAACAUCUAUGAUACUGGUCUCUCAAACUUAUUUUCCAUCCCUCCCAUAGCAUUUUCAACCACAUCGCCUACAUCGCUAUACAUAUACGGACCCCCACCUGCAGCACGUACACAGACGCCUAUAAGGCUGCGUGUGCCUACGCCCGGCGCUAGUGUGUUUAACAAGCUUCAAGCCAAUCAUGUUUGGCUUUCUGCGUUAUACCUCGCGGAUCAAAUCACGACUGGAGAGGUUCAGCUCGGCUCGAGGGUCCUGGAACUGGGUGCAGGGGCCGGAUUGCCAGGUAUAGCUGCUUGUUUACUGGGUUGUGACGUUCUCUCCACCGAUUGGGGAGAUGAGGAUAUCCUGGCGUGUCUGGAAAGCAAUUUCAACAGGAAUUGCGAAACAAAAUCCGCUGGUCAUUGGGCGGCAAUGUCACAUGAAUGGGGCAGUGAUCCGAUAAAACUGCUGGCCUUUGGCUCACACCCAAGCGGUGAAGACAAAGCCGUGUCCAACAUAGGUUCACAUGACCCCAAGCCCAAACGCUUCGACACCCUCCUUCUCGCCGAUACCCUUUGGGUCAGCUCGGCCCACUCUGUCCUUCUUGACUCGAUCCAAGCGCUUCUCGCCCCGAAAGGUAUGGCUCAUAUCGCCGCUGGACUACAUACUGGCCGAUGGCCGGUGGAGUCGUUCAUAAAGCAAGCAGAGGAGAGAGGAGCCCAUAUCGAGAGGGUCCGUGAGGUCAGGUGGGCAGGUGCUGGUCAGUGGGAGGUGAUGGACCAGGCAGACGACGCGUGAGCGGUCGAGCCGACGUGGGUGUCGGCUUCGCCCUUGCCUCGGCCUGAUUUCGCAUCUGCAGAGACAAGAUCCAUGCAUGCUCUCGCGUCUGGCAAAGACGGCUGGAUGACAACUAGUAAUGCGUCGUCACCCUGGAACCGUCGACUCUGCCUCAAGGGAGCGGUCCUCGUCAUACUCUGUCUUGGUCCCAGGGUCGAAAUAGUGGAACUCGAUAAAGUAGGCUGCAAAUAGUAACUCGACAGGUCCUUUUCGUCCUGUCCUUCAACGACCGAUGAUCGCGGACCAACUCGAUUGAU